AUGUCUGACAAUUGUGAAAAUAUUAGAGACUCUUCAGAGGAGGACACCGACCAGAUGCAGGGAGUGCACUUUAUCAAUCUGGAAGAGAUCAUGGACAUAUUUGAAGAGCAACAACAAAGAGAGGAGCAAGAGUUCAGAGACUCUUCAGAUGAGGACAACCACCAGAUGCGGGGAGUGCACAUUAUCAAUCUGGAAAGGAUAAGGGAAAUAUCUGAAGAGCAACAACAAAGAGAGGAGCAAGAGUUUGAGUAUGGCAACAUUCGUGAACGAGAAGAAGUCAAGAGAAGAAUAAUGGAGUUGGAAAAGGCCUACAAACAGAAGAGAGAGGUCUUUGAGCAGCAGCUUCAGCUUGGACAGGAGCUGGAGGCAGAGAUGAACAAGAUAGCAGCUGAAAACAAAGACUUCACCAACACAGAGAAAGAGUACCGAAAACAGAAGGCGGAAAGCAGAAGAAAACUGAGAGAGAGGGAGGAUGUUGAAACUCAGGAGAGACACCAGGAGCUCAUGUCGGAGGAGGAAAGCAGGACGCGGAGAAGCUAUAUGAAGGAGGUGGAGGAUGAGACUCGGUUGCUGAGGAAGCAAAAGGAGGAGAAGACUGCUGAGCUGGAACAACUUUUACAGGGAAAUAAUGAUAAGGAGCAAAUACAAAAUCUGAGUGAAGCUGAGAAGGAAUCAAAGCCCAAACUUGAGCAGGUUCAGGAAGAACUACAGAGAAAAGAUGCAGAGGUGGUCACGAUAUCCUGGACCUUGAUUCAAAAUAAUAACCAGAUCGGGGAGAGAUUAAGCACCAUAGAGGAUCUCAGGCGGGAACAGCAAGAACUUCAAGAAAAACUGAAAAAGAGACAGCAGAAGCAGAUUUUAACUGCAGAGAAGGCACCAUCAACAAAAAGACAUUGGUCUUCAGCUUUGGAUCUGUUCUUUCAGGAACAGCGAGAACUUCGAGAGAAACUGAACAAGUUGAAGCCGAUAUUAUCUGCACAGAAGGCCUCAUCAACAUCAACAGUAAGACUGAAACAUGGGUCAUCAGCUAUGGAUGUGAAAGAUGAGAGGCACCCAAAGAAUGACAAAUGGUUGCAAUGUUUGAUCUUCCUGUGGAAAGGAGUGAAGGUAGCAGGAUACAUUACCUUUUGUGUCCUCCUUCCUGUUGGAGUUAUUGCCUCCAUGGCCCCUGACUGCAACCUUCCAGACCAUGACUGUGACCUUUAUAAUGUAGUUUACGACCUGUUAGAUUCCUACUGUCCACAUCAUGCAUCACCCGUUUAGUAAUACUAAGAAAGCAGUGGUGAAAUAAGUAUUUAUAUACCUAAGUAGAAGUUUUAAUAUCUUAGUGUAAUGUAGUGUUAAUGUUGUCUUAUAUAGUGUAGUAAAGUAUAAUAUUUGCCUGUAAAAUGUAGUAGAAAUAUAAAGUAGCAUAAAAUGAAAAUAAUCAAUCAAGUACAAGAACAGUAUUUAAUUAAAUGUAAUCAGUUAAAUUCCACCACUGCUAGACAUUUAACCGCGACAAACCACAAGCUAACAAUAUGAGACUGAGAGGACUCAACCACCUAACUGCACCUGUCCGCCCAGGAAGGGGGUUCCUCACUUGUGGUCCUUCCCAAGGUUUUCUUCCAUUUUGUGGGAGUUUUCCUAUGCCCUCUUGAGGAGGAUGUAAUUAAAAAAAUUCAGCAUCACUAUACAAAAUGUAGGUGGACUUAAACAGAUUCAAAAUGUUGCCGGAUGCGCUGUGAUUGGCUUGUGGGGGAUGAGGCGAGUCUGAUUGGUUAGCUGUGGGAGCGAUACACCCAUGCUUAUUGAAUGAAAGAGCGAGUGAGUGAGACAGAAUCGAUAGGCAUAAUCUCUAGAAAAAACAGGCCUACUUGCGGAGUAGCCUAUUCACAUAUAGCCUUGUUUUAUUUAUUUGCUUAUCUUACUUUUUACACUGCUGCUAAUUUUAGCACAUGUGUAUUUCAGAAAAAAUUGGAUAUGGCUAACUUACAUACAUUUUUUAGUGGGAAUGCUGACACAGCAUUCCCACUAUCUGUUAUGAUACGCACAAAAUUCUUUAUUAUUCCGCCGGGUUAUUUUGCGC